UCGUGUCGGUAGUGAUGUGUGUCUGCACUCUCAGCUCCACAGAUCCUCUCUCAGUCUUCACAGCGACUCCGCAGAGGCGAAAGGGGAACGUUUGAGGACACUUGACAGCUUUCAGAGACUGCUAUGACAUCUCGCAGGUGGUUCCACCCCAACAUCACCGGAAUUGAGGCAGAGCAGCUCCUGUUGACCCGGGGCGUCCACGGCAGUUUCCUGGCCCGGCCCAGCAAGAGCAACCCGGGGGAUUUUACCCUCUCUGUUAGGCGCAACGAUGAGGUGACCCACAUCAAGAUCCAGAACUCAGGCGACUACUACGACCUGUACGGAGGCGAGAAGUUUGCCACGCUGGCCGAGCUGGUCCAGUAUUACACCGAACAACAGGAUCUCCUGCGUGAGAGGAACGGCCAUGUCAUCGAGCUCAAGUACCCACUCAACUGCAAGGACCCCACCUCUGAGAGGUGGUACCAUGGGCACCUCUCUGGGCGAGAUGCAGAGAAACUGCUCACAGACAAAGGCAAAGCCGGAAGCUUCUUAGUACGCGAGAGCCAGAGUAAACCAGGUGACUUUGUCCUCUCAGUACUCACCAAUGAGGAGAAACAUGAGAACGUUGACCGCAAGACCAAGGUCACCCAUGUUAUGAUACGCUACCAGCAGGACAGUAAAUACGACGUGGGCGGCGGUGAGAGGUUUGACACCCUGGCCGACCUGGUGGAUCACUACAAGAAGAACCCCAUGGUGGAGAAAAGUGGCAUCGUGGUGCACCUCAAACAGCCCUUUAACGCCACAAGGAUAAAUGCAGCCAACAUUGAGAAUCGGGUACGAGAGCUCAACAAAGUAGCAGACAACUCUGAGAAACCUAAACAAGGAUUCUGGGAAGAAUUUGAGGUACUUCAACAGCAAGAGUGCAAACUGCUGUAUCCCCGGAAAGAAGGCCAGAAGCCAGAAAACAAGAGUAAAAACAGAUACAAGAAUAUCCUCCCCUUUGACACGACUCGGGUUGAAAUCAGGGAAGCAGAUCCAGAUGUUUCUGGUUCAGACUACAUCAAUGCCAACUACAUCAGAAGUGUGCAUGAAGAGGGGCGCCACGUGGACGAGGGCAAAGUCUUCAUUGCCACACAAGGGUGCCUACAGAAUACAGUCAUCGAUUUCUGGAAGAUGGUGUAUCAGGAGAAUACGCACGUCAUCGUCAUGACCACAAAGGAGGUCGAGCGAGGACGGAACAAAUGUGUGCGUUACUGGCCCGACCUACACGGCACCAAGGAGUUUGGGAAGGUGCUGGUAAGGAACGUGGACGAGCGGCCAGCACAAGACUACAUCCUGAGGAAGCUGGAGAUGACCCGUCUUGACCGGAAGGAGCCUCUGAGGUACAUCUGGCACUACCAGUACCUGAGCUGGCCCGACCACGGGGUGCCCAAUGAGCCCGGCGGCGUCCUCUGGUUCCUAGAGGAAGUCAACCGCACCCAGAGUACCAUUCCAGAAUAUGGACCUAUUGUUGUCCACUGCAGUGCAGGCAUCGGCAGGACAGGCACCAUUAUCGUCAUUGACAUCCUUAUUGACAUCAUUAACCGCCAAGGUCUAGAUUGUGACAUCGACAUCCCUAAAACCAUCCAGAGGGUACGGCAGCAGAGGUCUGGCAUGGUGCAGACUGAGGCCCAGUAUAAGUUCAUCUACAUGGCUGUGCAGCAGUACAUAGACACGGCUCAGAAGAGACUGGAGGAGGAGCAGAGGAAUAAGAUGAAGGAGAGGGAAUAUUCUAAUAUCAAAUAUCCCCAGAUGACCAACUCCAGGUCUAAACCCAACAUGACAUCCUCACGCUCUUCUUCUGUGAUGACAAAUGAUGAUUCGUCGAGUGUGUAUGAAAACAUCAACUUUAAAAGCCCUCAGACGUCUUUCAGCAGCAACACCAGGAGGUAAAAAGCAUCGCUGUGGACCUCCACAUCUCUCUGUCUGCCUCUCUUUUCAGCGGAGGUGUCGCUUCGUCAGCGCCUGAAAAAUUCCUCGGGGGAGGAGGGAGCGUGUUGCUCUGACUACACCCCACAUCAGUGGACCCUGCCUGGGCUGAAGGUGGCGAGCUGACCCCUCCUUCUCUUGCUGCCGUCCUGCUGGUCCUCUCUGUCUGGAGUCAAACCUCACCCUCCGUAGAGAGGAGGACUCUACAGCAUAGCGCUCUCACUCAGGACCCUUGUCCUCCGCCCAACCUUUCUCCCUCCACCGCUCCAGCCUCUCCCUUUCUUAACCAGUGCAAGUGCCUUGUCACAGGAUGUGUCUAAUCUAGCCUCCCCAAACUUGCUGUUACAUCUCUACUGUUACUACUAUUCCAAAUCUUGGAAACCCGAGUUGUCAUAAGAAACCAACCAGUUUUUUGUCGGGGUGACAGAGAGUAAACACAGAGUCUGCCCCGACCUGAACUGAGCAGAACUGCACGGGACCCAGGAAGAGGUCAAAGCUCAGCUGUUUGUCCGCUCGUUGCCAGAUAUCAUUCUGUUUGCUGUCCCUCCUUUACUGUCUUUGCUGUCAUUCGAACUCAAACUUCAGACUGUUUUUGUUUUUUCUGCCUCUCCAGUGGUUAUUAAUGUGGCCGCUGAGUGAUAGCAAUGGCAGUUAUGUAACUUGCUACAGGACCCUGAGGCACAGGGAGGGCAAGCAAGCCCUCCUCUGCAACACAUUUUUGACAUUAUUUGUAGGUUUAAAAAUGGUCCCACCUUUUUUUCUUUUUGUUUUGUCCAUCUCUUUAUUCAGCUUGUUUUCAUUUUUCUUGGUGUUUUUGUUGAUACUCUUGGUAUCAUGGUUGUGUGUAACAUAUGAGAUGUUGAUUUUUUUAAAAUAUAUAAAUAUAUAUUUAUAAAGAAGCAUUAUGAUUGAAGAGAUUAGAGGUCGACUGAUAGUUGAUUUUUAAAGGGUCGAUAGACAAAGCCGAUUAAUCGUCCGAUAUCACCCGACCAAACCGGCCAAACCGAUUAAUCAGGUCGACCUCUAGAAGAGAUCAUGCUUAAGCACAAUUGUCUAAGCAGCAUCCCCAGCACUAACUUUGAUUUACCCGUUCAUAGUAGUUUGACAGGGAAUGGGUGGAGAGGACUGCUGAAGUGGUGGUUGGAGUAGAGCUUGGCUGACCGUCUCAUCUCAGCUUCGAUUGACUGGCUGUCCUCGUUCAUCAGCAGGUCUGAUGUGUUUCAACAUCUGUUGGAGGAGAGCAUCGCAAGGAGACAAGGGAAAGGGGGCGAUUACAGUGGGCCAGAUGGCCAUCUGCCCGAGAUUGAAGAAUAGAUUUGUCUCCAAAAAGUAAUUUAGAAGAUAGUCAUAAUCCAGGCUUGAUGAUAGCGGGGCGCGUAAGCCGCUGUCGUUGAUGUGAUAAGGAAGACGGUGGUGCCGCAGAGCACCAAGCCCCCCUGCGCUGUCUGGCAGAUUGUUUGCUAUUUUUAGCCUCCAGGAUCAGCACCAAAAUAUCCUAUGCAAAUACAAGUACAGAUAUGUUCGUGAAAUCUGACCUUGUUCGUUUGAAAUGUGAUGAUGUAAUCAUCCUUUUAGAUUUAAAGAAAAGUCUCUCAGAAAAGGAAGAUGAUCAUGUUUGUUAGGUCUACCUUUGUUUUUAACUCUAGGCAUCACAUAAACCAUAAAAUGAGUAACACUUGUUGGUGUUUGUGCCCAGACCAUUCCUCUUUCUCCAUCAACAGAAAUGUUCGACUAACCAGGUCGAGGACAGUCACACGUUGGCCUCCUUGUUUCCCUCAGUUAUAAAUUGGCCAGUUUCUGCCACUGCAGCAUGUGAUUCUUAAGAAACCUGAUUUAAAGAAUAGCUACGUCCGAUCAAAAUGUACUGGAGGAAUAUAUCUCAGUCACUGCACUGAAAUAAAUGUAAUGUGAUACUGUUGACCUUGUGGGAUAUAUUAAAAUAGAUGAACAAUAUAACCUGCAGCAGUUGUAUCAUCCUGCCUGACGGCCCGAGUUCUGUCAUUUAAAGACUUACAAGAGUCGUUUUAUUAAGGUCUCAGCACAUCAGUCGAAGCUUUGAAGCUUUGUCUGUCUAGUGAUUUCAGUCCCUUGUCUGUCAGCGCAGAGAGUUUUCCCAGAGCGGAUAAAUUGUUGCCAAGGUAUUUUAAUGGUUGAUUCUUUAUGUGAAUAAAAGCUAUGAUUUAUGAAAUGAGUGGCAUUGGUGCCCUGUGUCAGAGAAGAAAUACGCUGCACCACUUGAAGUCGUUCAUUUGAAUUUGAAUGUUUGAAUCCAUCUGUUUUUGUUUUCCUUUUGUUCUUUUCCCAUCUGGUUUUUGUUUCUGUGUUUUGGAACUAUCUUGCGCUGUGCAUAAUUUUUAUUGUAUUUUACUCUAUGGGUCAGAUUUUUUUUUUUAUGAUAUGGUGAAACAUCAAUACUUGAAAGUGUGAAACUGCUGAAUCUUUGGCCUCAGGCUGUGUGUGGAUGUCCAUUGGCUGUGGAAGUAUUUUUGGUAGUGCACUAGAUUUUUGCCAUCAGUGUUGUUUUCAUUUUUCUUCUUCUUGUUUCAUUUUUCUGAAAUGUUUCAAAUUGUAUUUCUAAUUGAUUGUUUUAUCCACCUUUUGCAUUUUGUAUUGUGUCUGAAUUAUUAUUGUUGUUAUUAUUAUCAUCAUUAUUAUUGGUGUAAUUUCACCAUGGAUAAGUAAAUUCUGGCUGUGAGUUGAACCGGCGUACAUGGAGGUAUGCAGUAGUAAUAUAAUAUUUUCUUUCUGCUUGUCCUCUUACAUUUACUUGAACAUGAUGACAUGAACGUCAGUGUCUUUUUUGUUUUGAUUCCUUGCCCCUCUGUCGCUCGCUCACAGUAUGCCUGAAGUGAGUAGUGGUGUAUCAAGUGCUCCCAUGUUGUUCAGCUGAGGUUUUCCUCUUCUUGCACUGGCUCUGCCCAGAUGCCUUUUUUUUUUUUUUUUUUUGCUGUAUAGGCUACAACUGCUGAUGCGAUGAGCUGCCAGCAAUGGCACAAAAAUGGUUUAUUAUCAUAUUGUUUAAUAAAAAUCUAUGAUGGCACUAUGUAAAGUUA